CCCUGCGGAAGCUUCCCCCGGCCGGGCCGGGGCCGCGGCCGGGGAGGCGGCGGCGGCGGGCGGGCAGCUGCCCCGGCGCCGGGGUGCCCGCCGGCGCGCCCCGCGGGAUGCUGGCGGCGGGGGAUGCGGAGCCGGCCGCGGACUAAGAUGGGGGGCAGCCACUCGCACAGGGCGCCCGUCUUCGACGAGAACGAGGACGUUAACUUUGACCACUUUCAAAUAUUGCGGGCUAUUGGGAAAGGGAGUUUUGGAAAGGUGUGCAUUGUACAGAAGAGAGACACCAAGAAAAUGUAUGCCAUGAAAUAUAUGAAUAAACAGAAGUGCAUUGAGAGAGAUGAAGUUCGAAAUGUUUUCCGGGAGCUACAGAUAAUGCAAGGCCUGGAACAUCCCUUCCUAGUCAAUCUAUGGUAUUCCUUUCAAGACGAAGAAGACAUGUUCAUGGUGGUUGAUCUCUUACUUGGAGGCGAUCUGCGUUACCAUUUGCAGCAGAACGUCCAUUUUAACGAAGGAACUGUUAAGCUGUACAUUUGUGAGCUGGCGCUUUCCCUGGAUUACUUGCAGAGAUACCACAUCAUUCACAGGGACAUCAAACCUGACAACAUACUACUGGAUGAGCAUGGACACGUUCAUAUCACUGACUUUAACAUAGCAACCAUAGUGAAAGGUUCAGAAAAAGCUUCUUCUAUGGCUGGCACAAAACCCUAUAUGGCUCCAGAAGUGUUCCAGACCUUUAUGGAUGGAGGUCCAGGAUACUCGUACCCAGUAGACUGGUGGUCGCUAGGAAUUACAGCAUAUGAAUUACUGAGGGGUUGGAGGCCCUAUGAAAUUCAUUCUGCCACCCCCAUUGAUGAGAUACUCAACAUGUUCAAGAUAGAAAGAGUUCACUACUCAUCUGCAUGGUGCAAGGGCAUGAUAGCACUACUGAAAAAGCUCCUCACUAAGGACCCAGAGUGCCGUCUUUCAAGCCUUGCAGACAUCCAAAGCUCUCCAUACCUAGCUGAUGUCAACUGGGAUGCUGUUUUAGAGAAAACUGUGACCCCAGGCUUUGUUCCUAAUAAAGGAAGACUGAACUGUGAUCCUACAUUUGAACUUGAAGAAAUGAUUUUAGAGUCCAAACCUCUCCAUAAAAAGAAAAAGCGACUUGCCAAAAACAAAUCCAAAGAUGGAGCUAAGGAAACCUGCCCACUGAAUGUACACCUGCAGCAGUGCUUGGAAACCGUUAGGAAAGAAUUCAUCAUAUUCAACAGAGAGAAAUUAAGAAGACAGCAAGAUCAAAGUGGACAGACUUCCAGCAUGGACAGCAGAGCAUCCCUUCAGAGCCACGAGAAGCUCCAAGACGGACAUAACAACAAUUUACUGGGUCACGGCUGCACAAGAGGCUGCAGCAGCUAGUGAGCCACGGCCCCGCACACGCGUCCACCCUGGCAGGGCGAGGAAAGGUCCUCUCUGUGCAUGCCUUCAUCUUUGCCCCUCGGAUCCCAGAACAUCUGACUCCUCUAAAAGCAGGUUCCCCAGACAAGGACAAACCCACAGAGCACACUGGCUGAGCCUUUCCACAUACAACCCUGCUCUUCUUUUGACUCUGCCACUGGAAAAAUGACCAUCAGCAACAAUAUACAGUUUUAUAAGUAAGUGUGACUUUCCUUUUCAAAAUCCUGGAAGAAAACUUGAAACAAUUCAUUAGGCAGCCUCUCAGAGAUUGCCAUGUUUCUGGCUACUUGCAAGAGACAACGUUAUAUGGGGCCAGCUUUGUCCUGAAGGCUUUACGUUACCCUCUCUGUCUCCGUUAAUUGAAGUGGUCCAGUUUGGAAUUUUGUGAAACUGCUGGACACAGCUGUUUCUGAGCAACUGCUGUUGAGUUUAUAACAUGUAUAUGAUGUAAAUACGUGAAUGUAGUGUCAAAUAGGCCAAACACUGAAUAAUUUCAUUUAAAUACCUGAAGCCCAUUGGAAAAGUUGCAGCAUGAAUGUAUUCACAUUGUUCUUCAAAUUCAUGUGUUCUGCUUUAUUGUAAAAGAUGUGACCCUGGCCAAGUCAAAGUUUUGCUAGUGACUUUAGUGGGUGCGGAAUCAGACACGUCAGUGGUGUACGAUAAUCAUGACAAAGACAGUCCUUUUUAUUUGUAACAAUAGGCUGACUGAGCCAGAGUUGAAAAGCAGCUCAGUAAGGAGAACUAAAAACAUUAGAAAUUUGCUCAGAUCCAUAGUUAUGUGUUAUAAAAUGUGAAGAAGUUACAUGUGUCUCUGUUUUCAUGGGUCUAUUCUGGAUGAGAACCAUCUAGAACAGAAAGAAACAUACUUUAUCCAAAGUAUUGCUGACAUGAAAGCCAUCUUUUUUUCUUAAACAGCAUCCACAAUUCCAGACAUUCAUGUUAUUUUAAAACUUGUACAUCCACAUUUUGAUAAUAAAUGCAUGCUUGUUCUGUCCUAUUGUGCUUUUCUUUUUAAAGGUUACCAUCCAUAA